CGACGGCGGCCACCGGCCGAGGCCGAAGUGAGCGCGGCGGCGAUGCUGGCUCUCUUGGCCGCUGGAGUAGCGCUCGCCGUGGCUGCCCGGGCCCAGGACAACCCGGUGCCCGGCAGCCGAUUCGUGUGCACCGCGCUGCCCCCAGAGGCGGCGCGUGCCGGCUGCCCGCUGCCCGCCAUGCCCAUGCAGGGCGGCGCGCUGAGCCCCGAGGAGGAGCUGCGGGCCGCAGUGCUGCAACUGAGGGAGACCGUCGUGCAGCAGAAGGAGACGCUGGGCGCUCAGCGCGAGGCCAUCCGCGAGCUCACGAGCAAGCUGGCCCGCUGCGAGGGGCUGGCGGGCGGCAAGGGCCGGGGCGCGGCGGCCGCGGGCAAGGACACCAUGGGUGACUUGCCGCGGGACCCCGGUCACGUCGUGGAGCAGCUCAGCCGCUCGCUGCAGACCCUCAAGGACCGACUGGAGAGCCUCGAGCACCAGCUCCGGGCGAACGUGUCCAGCGGCGGGCUUCCUGGUGACUUCCGCGAGGUGCUGCAGCUGCGGCUCGGUGAGCUGGAGAAGCAGCUGCUGCGCAAGGUGGCAGAGCUCGAGGACGAGAAGUCCCUGCUGCACAACGAGACGUCUGCCCACCGGCAGAAGACCGAGAGCGCCCUGAAUGCGCUGCUGCAGAGGGUGGCCGAGCUGGAGCGAGGCAACAGUGCGUUUAAGUCACCGGACGCGUUCAAAGUGUCCCUCCCCCUCCGCACAAACUACCUGUACGGCAAGAUCAAGAAGACACUGCCUGAGCUGUACGCCUUCACCAUCUGCCUGUGGCUGCGCUCCAGCGCCUCGCCUGGCAUUGGCACCCCGUUCUCAUACGCGGUGCCCGGGCAGGCCAAUGAGAUCGUGCUCAUCGAGUGGGGCAACAACCCCAUUGAGCUGCUCAUCAACGACAAGGUCGCACAGCUGCCCCUGUUUGUCAGUGACGGCAAAUGGCACCACAUCUGCGUCACAUGGACGACGCGGGAUGGCAUGUGGGAAGCUUUCCAAGAUGGGGAGAAGCUCGGCACCGGGGAGAACCUAGCCCCCUGGCAUCCCAUCAAGCCAGGGGGUGUCCUGAUCCUCGGGCAGGAGCAGGACACUGUGGGGGGCAGGUUCGACGCCACGCAAGCGUUCGUGGGGGAGCUCAGCCAGUUCAACAUAUGGGACCGCGUCCUCCGGGCACAGGAAAUCAUCAACAUCGCCAACUGCUCCACCAACAUGCCGGGCAACAUCAUCCCGUGGGUGGACAACAACGUGGACGUGUUCGGGGGGGCCUCCAAGUGGCCCGUGGAGACGUGUGAGGAGCGGCUCCUCGACUUGUAGCUGCCUCCCCUCUCGUGCGGGAGCCUGGGGCUGCUGUGCUGUG